AUGACAAACCAAACCGAAGAACCAAAGAGAUUUGGUCUUGAAAGCCAAGUCGCCAGAAAUCCUCACCCAGAUUUCAAGAAGGUCGAGGCCUCGCGUCCGCCAUUUGAGUCCGACAUUGUGUGGCACUACAACCAGACCGUGGACCCAAACUGGGUGCCAGGCUCUGGCGCUAACAACAAGGAUUGGGCCCAGCACAAGAAGAUCGAAUUGGACCCAUUUGGCGAGACCAGAAAGCCGGUAGACAACUACAAGAUGUUGAUCUCUGCCAUCACGCCGCGGCCAAUCGGCUUCGUCUCCACCGUCGGUGUGAACGGCACCCGCAACCUCGCGCCAUUCUCGUACUUCACCUUAGUCAACCAUGACCCUCCUAUCUUUGUUGUUGGUUUCUCCGGUGGCAAGGGUAACCCUAAGGACACCUGCAAAAACAUAUUGGAGACCGGUGAAUUGACCAUCAACAUUAUCUCUGAAUGGUUUGUGGAGGCCGCCAACUUUUGCUGUACCAACUCGCCAUAUGGAACGGACGAGUGGAUGUUGUCUGGCUUGACUCCCUUGCCGUCCACCAAAGUCAAGCCAGCACAUGUAGCUGAGUCGGCCUUCUCUGUUGAGGGCAGGUUGAUCCACUCGCAUGAAUGGACCUCCAAGGCCGACCCAUCCAGACCUACCGGUACCCUCUGCAUCAUUGAGGGUGUCAACUUUCACGUGAGAGAGGAUGUUAUUAAUGAUGACUUGAACAUUGUUGACAUUGCCAAGUUGAAGCCAGUCUCCAGAUUGGGCGGGAUCACCUAUGCUAGAACUGUCGACGGAUACGAGAUGCCAAGACCGGACUACGAUAAGGACGUUGAGGAGAAGCCAGAGGUCAAGAACUUGCUCUAAGAUAGGAAUGAUCAUAUAUAGCUUCGCAAUUGCUUCAAUAAAACGGAUGAGUUAAUUACACGUAUAUUGACAGGUAUUACCAUAUCGUUUGUAACCUUUGAACUUGAAUAGUGAGUUAUGGUUGAUUGGGUUAGUUUUGACUGCCAGGCUUAGUCUGGAGAUUUAAAAGUAUGCCAGAUGUUGCUGAACAAAGUGGCAUAUUGGCUGAAAUUAUUAGAUAUACUUUCCUUCACCGUGUGAGUAGAGGUCAAAGGGAUUCAUCAAACACCAAUUAUAGAUCGAUGAACCCAUGAUUUUCUGACCAUGACAAUAGGUACUCAACUAUAUUGGAAAUAAAUCAUUGAAUUCCGGGG